AUGAAACUGCCUCGAGGGACAAGGCGCCUCUACUGCAUAUGCCUGCACCUCGCCGUCGGCGCCUCGAUAUGGGGCUACAACAUCGGCAUCCUCUCCUCGAUCCUCGUCCAUCCGGGCUGGCGGGAGGCCAUGCACGAUCCCACGCCGGCGUCGAGGGGCCUCGUCACGGGGAUAUACUACCUGGGCACGCUCCUCUCGCACGUGCUCCUGUCGCACCCGCUCGCGGACCGUCUGGGCAGGCGGCACGCGGCCAUGAUGGGCACCGGCACCCUGUGUCUGGGCGCGAUAUGCAUGGCCUCUGCCCACGGCGGCGCAGCCGUGGCAAUCAUGGCCCUCGGGAGAUGGACUUGCGGCCUGGGUGUUGGUGUCGUGAGCACCACGGUGCCGCUGUACCAGACUGAGGUGUCUCCCGCCCGGCAGAGAGGCAGACUCGUCACCGUGAACCACGUCGGCUUCGUCGCCGGCCUGGCCGCUGGUCUGUGGACCGGGUACGCCAUGGCGUUCUGGACCUCGGACGCAGGCAGAUACUGGGCGUGGCGAGACUCGGUCCUCGUCCAGUGCGGCCCAGCACUCGUAUUCACCGGCGGUCUCUUCUUCCUCCCAGAAACGCCACGAUGGCUCCUUGAAAAGGGCGACGCGGACGGCGCCUCCAAAGUCCUCCGCUACCUCCGUCAGGACACCGUGCCCGCCGAGGCAAUCACGCACGAACUGCACGCCAUCGGCGCCGACGUCGAGUCCCGUCACGCGGCCGGCGCGACGAACCUCUUCCGCGACGCCGGCCUGCGUGCGCGGCUGUGGCGCGCGUUCCUCCUGCACUUCAUGGCGCAAAUGUGCGGCGCCACCGCCAUCAAGUACUACCUCCCUACGCUGCUCGAAGCCCUCGGCCUGGAGCGCAGAACGGCCCUGCUGGCGGGCGCCGCGGAAAUGACAAUCAAGAUCGCCACGUCCAUCGUGGACAUGUGGGCGAUUGACAGGUUCGGCAGGCGGACGUGCUUGACGGGCGGGAGUUUGAUCAUGGGCACUGCCAUGCUGGUCAAUGGCCUUUUGCCAAUCAUGUACCCCGGGAACAGGAGCAAGGCGGCAGACGUCAUCUGCAUCUCAUUCAUAUUCAUAUACGCCAUGGGAUAUAGUCUUGGGCUUGGCCCUGCAGCGUGGGUGUACAGCUCCGAGAUCUUCCCAACCUCCGUGCGAGCCAAGGGCCUCAAUUUCGCUGCGGCAGGAGGUUCCGUCGGCAGCGUUCUGGCUUCUCAGAUCUGGCCGGUUGGAAAUGCCAGACUCGGCAGCGGCAUAUACUUCUUCUUCAUGGUGAUCAAUUUCACAUGUGUACCGACCAUCUGGCUUCUGUAUCCGGAAACAAAAGGUAUAGAACUAGAGGACAUGGAGCGUCUGUUCGCAACCUCUGAGCAUACGGAUGCGACCGAUGCUGUGGACCGAGGAACUGAGGACGUGGGCGAGUAUAGAAACACGUCAUCCUCGGCAACCCCCAACGAUGAAAAUGAAUCCCUGCUUUCAUGA